AACCAUUUAUCAUUUUUAUACGUAAAUUAGAAAGUGAUGAACCGUAUCUUUCUUCAGCUUAUAAAACUUUACAAAACUUAAAAAAUACGGUUACAAAUAAUUUAGAAAUUUCUGAAGAACUGC